CCACCGCGCGGGCCUCGCCCUGCGCUUCCUGCCCCUUACGUCAUCUCUGCGCGCCGCGCGCGGGCCGUGCCGCCGCCAUGGUGCAGCUCGGGAGCCGCCUCCUGAGGGGCCGCGGCGGCCACGUCGUGAUCCGCUUCGCGCUGGGGGGCUGCACCAACCGGCCGUUCUUCCGCAUCGUGGCGGCCAACAGCCGGCGCGCCCGCGACGGGAAGUACCUGGAGCAGCUCGGCUGCCUGGACCCGCUGCCCAACGCGCACGGCGAGAAGGUGGCGGGGCUCAACCUGGAGCGGCUGCGCUACUGGCUGGGCUGCGGCGCGCAGCUCUCCCGGCCCGCCGAGAAGCUCCUGGGGCUGGCGGGGUUCCUGCCGCUCCACCCCAUGACGGUGACCGGCGCCGAGAGGCUGCGCCGGCGGCGACAGCGCGAGCAGCAGCCCGAGGCUGCCCCUGCGGACGGCUCGGCCGAGCCCGGCACCGCGCCCUGACACGGCCCGGCCGGGAGGGUCCCGAGCGGCCCGGGGCUGCACCGGGCCGGGACUGCACCGGCCCCGGACUGCUCUCACCCGGGGCUGCUCCGGGCCGGGACUGCACCGGCCCCGGACUGCUCUCACCCGGGACUGCCCCGGCCUUUCCGGGCCCGAGGACUCUGCUGUCUUAUCAGUGCAUCUGACCCCAUUAAAAUGUUACCUCUGCACUCUG